GCGGGGCGAGACCGGAGGGCGGCUAGGUAACUUUGGCGCCUGCGCAAAGACCCCGGACUCCUAAGCUGCUCCCCCUCAAGCCUUGGCGGCAGCGGCAGCUCACACGCACCGCUUGGGUCUCUUCGCUCCAGUGAGACGCCGGGCUCGGCCAUGAACCGGUGCGCUGAGGCGGCGGCGGUGGCGGCAUCGGGGCCCGGCGCGGGCGUCGGGAACGCGAGGUUGCGGCCGCCCAUAGUGCCCCGCCAGGCGUCCUUCUUCCCGCCGCCCGUGCGCAACCCCUUCGUGCAGCAGACACGGUUGGGCGCGGCGAGGCGCAUCCAGAUUUUCUUUCUUGGAAUUAUCCUGCUUCCAAUUCGUGCCCUGUUGCUUGCAUUAAUUUUAUUACUGGCGUGGCCAUUUGCUGCAAUUUCAACAGCAUGCUGUCCUGAAAAGCUGACCCACCCAGUAACUGGUUGGAAGAGGAAAAUUACUCAGCCAGUCUUGAAGUUUCUAGGCCGUGCCAUGUUCUUUUCAAUGGGAUUUAUAGUUACCGUGAAAGGAAAGAUCGCAAGUCCUGUGGAAGCGCCAAUUUUUGUUGUUGCCCCUCAUUCAACAUUCUUUGAUGGAAUUGCCUGUGUUCUGACUGGGUUACCUUCUAUAGUAUCUCGACAUGAGAAUGUGCAGGUGCCUCUGAUUGGCAGAAUAUUGCGGGCUCUGCAACCAGUGUUGGUGUCCCGUGUAGAUCCGGAUUCUCGAAAAAACACAAUAAAUGAAAUAAUAAGGCGGGCCGCAUCAGGAGGGGAAUGGCCCCAGAUACUAGUUUUCCCAGAAGGUACCUGUACUAAUCGUUCCUGUUUGAUUACUUUUAAACCAGGGGCCUUCAUUCCAGGAGUUCCAGUGCAGCCAGUUCUCCUCAGAUACCCAAACAAGCUGGAUACUGUGACAUGGACAUGGCAAGGAUAUACAUUCGUUCAACUUUGUGUGCUCACUUGCUGCCAGCCCUUCACAAGGGUGGAAGUUGAGUUUAUGCCUGUUCAAAUACCAAAUGAUGAAGAAAAAAGCGAUCCUGUCCUUUUUGCCAGUAGAGUCCGGAAUUUAAUGGCAGAAGCUCUGAGAAUUCCAGUAACAGAUCACACCUAUGAAGAUUGCAGAUUGAUGAUUUCAGCAGGACAGCUAACACUGCCUAUGGAAGCUGGGUUGGUGGAAUUUACCAAAAUCAGCCGGAAGUUGAAAUUAGAUUGGGAUGGGAUUCGUAAGCAUUUGGAUGAAUAUGCCACUAUCGCAAGUUCCUCUAAAGGAGGAAGAAUCGGAAUUGAAGAAUUUGCAGAGUAUUUGAAGCUGCCUGUUUCAGAUGUCUUGAGACAACUUUUUGCACUCUUUGACAGGUGUUCCCAUCUAGGUAGGAAAAACUCCGUAUUCGGUCAGCAUGGAUUAGAAUUAUCAACCCCUUCUUUUAUAAUACCAUCAAGAAAUAUCUGCUGGGCUUCCCUGGUGGUGCAGUGGUUGAGAGUCCGCCUGCCGAUGCAGGAGAUACGGGUUCGUGCCCCGGUCCGGGAGGAUCCCACAUGCCGCCGAGUGAACCAUGAUGGCAGUAUCGACUUCCGAGAGUAUGUAAUUGGCCUGGCUGUCCUGUGCAACCCUGCCAACACAGAGGAGAUCAUCCAGGUGGCAUUUAAGCUCUUUGAUGUUGACGAGGAUGGCUUCAUAACAGAGGAAGAGUUUGCCACCAUUCUGCAGGCUUCCCUUGGAGUGCCUGACCUUGAUGUUUCUGGUCUCUUCAAGGAAAUAGCCCAGGGGGAUUCUGUUUCAUAUGAGGAAUUUAAAAGUUUUGCCCUAAAGCAUCCAGAAUAUGCUAAGAUAUUUACAACCUACUUAGACCUCCAGACGUGCCAUGUGUUUUCAUUACCAAAAGAAGUCCAAGCAACUCCCUCAGUCGUAAGUAAUAAAGUCAGCCGUGAAAGUCAUGAAGAGAGUACCUCAGACAAAAAGGACGACUGAAAGCAAACAUUCCCAAUAAGGAAAAUGCGGUGGCUUUUACUUGAAAUUUCAAAGGCGUUUAUUGAUAGUAUUUUAUUUGUGAUUGAGUAAUGAUGUUUAAAAUAGAAAGCUUUUUUAUAAAAAAAGAUAGAUUUUCUUAUUGAAAUGCUUCUAUUCACAUGUGUUUAUCAAGUAAUAUUCAUUUUCUUUUACAUUAUAUUUUGCUAUACUGAUGGGCUUAUUGGCGAUAAAGAUGUUUUUAUGGAUUUUCCAGGUUAAUUUGCAUAUCCAAAUGAAUGAAAUGGUCUCCCUAAUUUACUGAUGAGCAUUAAUCAACGCUGCAAAAAGUUUUAAAAGUAUAAAUAAUUUUUCAUCUGCUUUCCUCUAAAGAAAUAAGGUUAGCUUUAAUCCCUUCCCAUUCUAGAAAUAAGAAUGAAGAGUCUGAGGAACGUUGCAGAAUUUUAUACCUUUAACUUCACAGAUUCAUUUUUUCCAUUUGUAUUUCAGUUUCUUGGAUAACUGAACAUGGGGGGAUUGAAAGCGAGAGCUCCGCUAAUUAGAUGAGACUUCUUAAAAACUCAUAUUCUCUUGACCAUGCAUCCCUAUUGUAGAUUUCCUUAACCACCUGCUAAGGAGAUCAUAACCUUUUGCAUGAUCUACAGAUUUAGAACUUUGUUUUAAAGACAACAGCUAUGGCCAAAGGCUAUGUGGGAAUUGCCUUAUUGAAGGUAACAUUAAUUGCCUAAUGAGAAAAAUUGUUUGCUAAACUAAACAGAGUUUAGUUUAAUUUGAGUUGGGUAGUUUAGAAUGUAGCCCUUGCCCAGUAAAUGAAUCAGAUUUACUUUAUUUAUAUAUUAUUAGAAUUAAUAUAUUUUAUCAUCUAAAUGGGAGUUUUAUUUUAUUAAGUGUCCUCUCAAAUUUUAGAGCUUGCCUGAAAUAUCUACAGGGAAAAUAUGAAAGGUUCCAAAGUAUCACCAAAAGCUAAGGAAUCCAAAAACCUACUUUAUUAAUGCAAGACCACAAUUUAACCCCCAGGCAGGAAUUUAACAGUGAUAUUUUUUUCCUUUAGGUUAAGCAAUAAUUUCCCUCAAGUGCCAUUUUAUUAUAUGUCACGCAUGCUUACUAAAAAGUUUUAUCCUUAAGUGUGAAGGAUGAAACAGUAUGAUUGUUUGCUUUUUACAUAUCUUAAGCUAUUUAGACAAAGCACUGAAUAAGCUGAAAACAAUUUCUUAAGUAAGUAGGAAAGUACCUCUUUAUAAUAUUGGUUGUCAUAUGCAAUUGAAUGUAUGUAUUACUCAGGUACCAUGAUUUUUAUCAUAGAAAACCCACAUAUUAAUCCCAUUAAUCAUGAAAAAGUAGCAUUUUAAAUUACAAGCUUUCUGUGAGGCUCUUGAAAGUGAUCCCAUUGUUUUCCUGUUUUAAAGUAAUAUUUUAUGUUCUUUAAUUCCACUU